UUUCGCAACGUGAGCAUCAAGAGUCUCGGAGGAAAACCGCGACCGAUUAGUUUUCCCGGCUGAAAGGAUCGAGAGUCACGAGGGAGAGUCAUCUAUUGUGCGACACUGACACACGCACACACUUACACACCGGUCAUCGCGCGCCUCGAUUGUUACAGACGCGGCGUAAAAUGGCAUUUUCUGGCUCAUCGAUCGCGAUCGUUUUCAUCGCCGCUUACGCGGCGGCUGGACCCGUUCAGUUACACGACGGAUCGAAUACGUUGCAACGGGACGAGUACGGGCCGCUGGUGAACUUCGGUGCAAGAUACUGGAAUGAUCGCGGUUCAAGCAAUCGUAAUUUAGACGGUGGCCAUCUGUCGCGACAGUUACCGCAUCGAGGGUUGGAUUUAAAUGCCUUAUCUGGAGUAAGCUUCGGAAACAAGAGGUUCGCUUCUUUCAGACGACCAGGUACAAUAAAUCUACGACCGGGCAACUUCGACGAGAUCGAUCGAUCGGUGUUCGAUCGUCUCUCGAAGAGGAACUUCGAUGAGAUCGAUCGAUCGGUGUUCGACCGUUUCUCAAAGAAAAACAUCGACGAGAUCGACAACGCGUUCGAUAGCUUCUUCAAACGGAACUUCGAUGAGAUCGAUCGGGGCAACUGGAACGGAUUCGUCAAGAGGCUCGAUAAUUAUCUAGCGGAUGAGCAACAACGUUAAUUGAUGCGGAAUGCCGAGAGGCGAGGGGAAGAGAACGAGGGAAACGAGAAGUUAACGGAAACGCCGAAUAAAAAUUAUUGUAAAACGCCAAUUGAACGCGAUCGCUCCGUUUCGAAAAUUUCAAAACGUUCUUUCGACGCAAAUCGAAACACAAAUUUGCAUGAUAUUGCUGUCCUUUAAUGAUCACGUGCACGUUUAAAAGCUUUAAAUCUCUAUAUGUGUAAAGUGUAAAACAUGAAAAGUUUUUAAUGUGGAAAUAUAAAAAUUAUAUAUUUCAAACUAUAAAAUAUAUCAAACAAAUUGAACAUCUACUGAAAAGUAGAAACUAUUUUAUCUGAUUGAAACUUGAACACUAAGUAGAGCAAGAUUUUUAGAACGCAUUAGAACGCGGAGAUGUGUCGCUGUUUAUUUCGAGAAAUUGUUCAACGAAACAAUUGUAUUAAUUUGUUUAUAUUUCAAAAGAGCACUAAUAUGCAACAUAUUCUCGAUGUUGUCGCCGAUUAUUUUUUAAACACACUCCGUUGUAAAAAACUAAAUAAUUAAUCUAUUAGCUUAAUAUGGACAGCGUGUGUUAAUGUGUGUAAUUAAUUGUAUAUACAUUUCAACUCUCUACUCGAUGUGUAAAUCGUGAAAUUAUAUUGUGCAAAAUUAUAUAUAUAUGUAAUUUAACUUUGACCAAAUCUUAGGAGCAAAAAAAAAAAAAAACAACAAAUAUAUGUCUUUUUGAGGGAAAAACUCGUUUAUGAAAAAAGUUUUUCUCUUUUUCUCUGUGUAAAAAUACUCAAAGAUCUCUCACGUGUCUACGAAACGUGAGAUAACACAAAGAUAUUUCUUCAUAAUUAAUCCCUAGUAUUACGAGUGAUGUUCUCAUCAUUUUAAUGAAAUGGCCAAUUAAAUAAAAAAAUAUAAUAUUACGUGUAUCGUAUCCCCUCUACUCUGUCGUUCUGCAAAAAUAUAUAUUGAUUAAAUCAAAAGAACAAAUUACUGAAGAUGUAACAUAAAAAGAUUGUGUAAAAAUUGAAAUAUAUAUUUAUUAUAUCUGUGACCAGUUAUGUGUUUAUUAUUAGAAGAAUGUUUUGUGUAAACAACUUCUUAUCUUGUAGAUAUUUCACUAUCGUGAAAAUUAUGUCUGAGAGCUGUCUUUAAAUAUUACAUAAACCGUUAUUGCUGAAAAAUAAUUUUCUAAAAAUAUAAUAUGUUUAUGCGGCCUUUUUAUGUGUCAUCUUCAAGUGUCAUUAUUU